AUGUAUAAGGGAGACAUGUUGAAAGUAUUGACCACAGUUGUUCUGUUAUCUCUCGCUCCAAUCGUGGAUGCUGCCCCGCUGGUGUCUGGAGAACCAGAUGUUUUUGAGGAACCAACCGAUGGAGAUCCAUGGAGAACUGGAGCAGAUAUAGAGGAGAUUACAGCACAAGCGUCAAGGAUUUUUGAAAAGCUACUGAGGACCAGACCGAAGACGACAUUUCCUGAUGGAGAUGGAAAGACUGCAUCUCUGAGAGAUUUAGACGAAAUAACUAGAGCUACUAGCCGCCCAGAUGUCAGAGACAAACCCUUAGGCACAGGUAUCAAUAACCCAUUAAAGACAGUGACAAUCCAUUCUGAUGGACAAGAGGAGAUUCAGCCUUCAACCGAAAGUAUUGAUGGAUCUUUGAGGAUGGACCUCAUGACCAGUUCUCCUGAUUCCCAGCUGCAAACUCUGACUGAGAGGAACAAACUGUUUAGGUUAUCAAAGGUAAUUGAUUCAGAAGAGCAAGGUGACACUUCAACAGCAGCCAAACAAUCCAAGUUAGAUCCCGACACAGGUGGUGCAGCUACUCAAGAGGAGCUUGUGAAGAUGUUGAGUGUACUUGAAAAGCUUCACAAGUUAAUGAACAGCACACUGAGCAGCCGGAUCACCAUCAUACCCAGAGGAAAUGGCAAUGGACGAAGUCCUGGGAAGAAGAACAAAAUGGUACUAACAGAUGGAACCCUGAAAUCCACCACAGCGACCACUGUAGAUGGUGGUGGGACUUCACCGAAGGCUAGCACUGGCCAAAUGGAUCCAAAACUCAAUGGAAAAGUUUUUAAAAAUUCCCUUCAAUCAACUCCUAAGAAAUCCAACAAGAGAGUGUGCUUCUGGAAGUACUGCUCUCAAAACUGACCUGAUAUCUGCAGUUUCUGUGCAACCUCUACUUGGGCUUUGCAUAGAAGAACAACAAAUUCCACCUCUCUCACCAACCUCUGAAACUCAGGCGCCUAGCAACAAGGCUUGUUCUCAAACAUAGAUGCUUAAACUCCUCUCAUUGGCCCAUUAAUAACAUCACUGACACCUCUUAGCUCUUUGACGUGUACCCUUGACUUGUGCACAAAAUCCUGUUAAACUCUGAUUUACAAUAUUUUUUUUUUUUU